CUUGUUUUUUUUAUUUCUUUUUCCGUUUCAUUUUCACAGCGAAUUAUUUCUAUAUUUAUUAUUUCAAUUCAACUCCUCCAUCUCGAUUUCCUUCUUAGAACCCUAGAAACCCUCCUCUUUCCUUCGAUUUCUGGAUCGCUUGCCGGAUUCCUCCGUGAUAUAGUGCCAUGGACGGCGUCUCCCUCAUCGAUGUGCCCUCGGAGAACGAUCUCCUCAUCGUUUCUCCUUCCAGCGGUUCAGGAGCUGCAGAAAAUUUCAAGGACCAUAACUUGACUAUCACAGAGACAGACCAAAUGCUCCAAGGGACGAACUUUGUGAAUAAGAGUGAACUUAUGUUACGAGAUCCUGAAUUAUCCGCGUCGCCUAAGCGGAAGCGCAUAAUAUCAAACAAGUAUAAUCUGCGAAAAAGUUUGGCCUGGGAUAGUGAAUUUUUCACCAGUGAAGGCGUACUGAAUCAGGAAGAACUGGCCAUUGUUAACAGCACUUAUGCAAAAGCAGAAGCAGGCAAAUUACCUCGAAUUUUAGAAGAUAUAAGGAAGUCCUCAGAGUCUAACACUACAUUAGAUAGUGAUAGCUGGGAAUUAGAAAAUCUUGAAGUAGACCUAUUUGGGGACCUGCGUGCUUCUAUCCAGAGGCCUGUUAGUCAAUGUGAUAGAAAUUCACAACUGGUGCCUUCUAUCAAAUCUGCGUGUCCCGUGAAUGUUGAUACAUCAAAGCCUUCAUUGAACAGCAAGGCUGAAAUUUCUUCUCGUCUUAGGAUGAAGCCACCUGUUGCUGGUAAAAGGGAUGUUACUAGCAAGAAACCGACAAUAGUUUCUUCUAAAUCAGCCCUCCUUCCUUCAAGAGUGGUUGCAGCAGGAAGUAGAGACCCAAAACUAAAACCUCCUAUAAUUGCACCCAGAACCAGAUUGGUACCUCCGGUGCCAAACAAGAAGUCUCCUACAUCUGAAAGGAUUCAAAUAAAGAGUGACAGUGUCGAGAGUCUAUCUGGCACAGCAUCUAAUCGCCAAUCUCCUGUAGCUUUGAAGAAAAUAUACAGUAACUCAUGCAGGGCCAGUUAUAAGUCCAUGAAAUUGACAAAUUCUCCUACUGCUUCAGUUUCAGGAAACAGUAUAGUUUCAGCAGUUACUCCAAAUAAUAGCUUUGUAGGCAAUUCAUCUAAACAGUUAGAUAAAUCUCCCUCCAAAACCCCUAGGAGAAAAGUUCAAACUGCUGAUAAGUUAUCAUCCUCCAUUACUAAAACUCCUUUGAGGUCAUCUAAGACUAAAAUUGAGGUGCAGAGUGCAACAAAGUCUCAAGAAAGCGUGAAGUCCAGACUCAGAUUUUCUUCCAGCGCAUCUCCCCAUAGUUCCCUUGAUAGUUUGGCCUCAGACUCAUCUUCAUCAACCUCCAUGGUUAUGAAUCAUGGUAAUUCAGUGGUUAGCCCUCUAAUUGCCGGUUCUGUAUCACCUUCCUUUAGAGUUCCAUUUGACAUUAAUGUACUUAAAUCACCAAAGCUGCGAAAAUCUCCCGGAAUUCAAGUAUCGGCCGGAUCCUCCGCUGGACACAGUCCUCCUCUAAACAAUGUCAGUAGCAAGUCUGAACCUAAAUCCAUGAAACCAUCAGGCCUUCGGCUUCCAAGUCCCAAGAUAGGAUACUUUGAUGCGGAGAAAUCUCUCACAAACAAUAUCAGCAGAAAUUCUCUAAAUGGUCUGCGAAACAAUUCGGCAAGGAACACUUCUGGGCCGAGCAAACGUCUUAGUAAGCCACCUUCUCCAAGACCAGUCACAGAGAGUAUCAGUUCUCCUCAGAUGGUAUCUUCAUUGACAGCAUCACCACCUCUACUACAACAAUCCUCACGGCCAUAUAGUGCACACAGGAAGUCAGAGCAACAUGAUGAGUUGUGUUCCAAAGAUGAUUCACAAGAUGUGGCCAGUUCUGCUUCUAUGUCAGCCAUUCUUAAUUCAGACAAACCUGAAAUUUCUGAUCUAAUUUCCAGGGAUAUCAAGUCACAUAACUUGCUUGCAGUUACAAGGGAUGUGCAGAAGGAAAACAAGUUUCCUCCAGAAAAAGAUAAUGGUGUGCAGGUUGAGCCUUUGGAGAAGAAGAUAUCUCAUCUUAGUCUUUCAAGCAAUUUAGGACCACCUUGCACUUCUACAGAAUCUAUCUCUUAGAUCCACUAGUGAAAACCAAAUUACCCUUUCUCCUGUUUUUUGCUGUUGACAAACUAGCAUUCAGUUCAUGAAGAAUUGACAGUUUGAUUGGCAGUUUGCUGAGGUGUUGCAGCUGUCUACUUGUCUGAGAUUGAAUCAAAUAAAAAAUGAGUGCAAUGGAGAAGCUGACAGACUCUGACAUUAAAGAAAGAAUAUCAGGUACACAUCAAAAAAAAAGAAGUGAGAUAUCGACUUCUAUACGUUGCUGAUACAUAUAUAUUUUUAAAUUGGUACUAGAUUUAACUGCACACUGUUGAUAGCACGUGCCAAUUGGCUGACAUUGAAACGUUACAAGAUUACAUACUUCUAGUUUGAUAGUGCUAGUAAGUGCCAUUACAAAUGCUUCUGUUUUGUAAUCUUCUGAAUUGAAAAAAAGUAGCUCAAGGUUUGAUGACAAUGUACUCCAUGCUGACAUAAAAAAUUGUGAAACAUAUCUUCAUAAAACUUUUAGUAGUCCUUAUUACCAUCACUAAUUUAAAUGACAAAAGUACAUUGAAGCAGCUGUAUUCUAUCCUUUAUGUAUCUGUAGCCAACAAAGCAAUUGCUAUAUCUGCCAGGCAAAACUGGACCUCAAAACAAUAAGCCACAUG